GGCUCGGCACGGCUCGGCUCGGCACGGCACGGCGGGGUUCGACAGGGCUCGGCAAGGCAGCGCGGUCCCCGGAGCCGCAGGGCUCGCUCACCCUCUCUGAUUCUUGGAUAGAGCUGGGAUUAAUUUGAGCUCUCUUGCUUGAAAGCGAUGUUCCGUUUAAAAUUCCCAAUCCCGAAGGCGUGUUGGGGUUUGGUUGUAGGGAUGGCGCCCGCGGGGACCGAGGCCGCCCCGGCCCGUCGGUGAGGUGCCCCCCACCAGCCCCCCCGAACCCCGAGCCCCGAGCACGAUGAGCAAACUGACCUUCCACAACAACAGAGUCAUGCAGGACCGACGCAGCGUUUGCAUCUUCCUCCCCAACGACGACUCCCUCAACAUCAUCAUCAACGUGAAGAUUUUGUGCCAUGAGUUACUGGUGCAGGUGUGUGACCUCCUGAGGCUGAAGGACUGUCACCUCUUCGGGCUCAGCGUCAUCCAGAACAAUGAGCACGUGUACAUGGACAUGGCCCAGAAACUCUACAAGUACUGCCCCAAGGAGUGGAAGAAGGAGGCCAGCAAGGUCAGCGGUGAGGUCUUGCAUGGAGAGCUGACGGCAGUAAGGCCACCUCUGUCCCCGUCGCAGGUCACUUCCAGGACCCGGGAAUGCAGCCGAGGGGGGAUCGACCAGUUUGGCCCCCCGAUGAUCAUCCACUUCCGAGUGCAGUACUAUGUGGAGAACGGGAGGCUGAUCAGUGACCGGACCGCACGUUACUACUACUACUGGCACCUGCGGAAGCAGGUGCUGCAUUCCCAGUGUGUCCUGCGGGAAGAGGCCUAUUUCCUCCUCACCGCCUUCGCCCUCCAAGCCGACCUGGGAGACUUCAAGCGCAACAAGCACUACGGGAAGUACUUCGAGCCCGAAGCCUAUUUCCCCGCCUGGGUGGUUGCAAAGAGGGGCAAGGACUACAUCCUGAAGCACGUCCCCAACAUGCACAAAGACCAGUUUGCCCUGACAGCCUCUGAAGCCCAUCUCAAGUACAUCAAGGAGGCCGUCCGGCUCGACGACGUGCCCGUGCACUACUACAGGUUGUACAAGGACAAAAGGGAAGUGGAGGCCUCCCUGACCCUGGGGCUGACAACACGGGGCAUCCAGAUCUUCCAGAACUUGGAUGAAGAAAAGCAGCUGCUCUAUGACUUCCCGUGGACAAACGUGGGAAAACUGGUUUUUGUGGGCAAGAAGUUUGAGAUCCUGCCUGACGGGCUGCCCUCUGCCAGGAAGCUCAUUUACUACACGGGGUGCCCGCUGCGCUCCCGGCACCUGCUGCAGCUGCUGAGCAGCAGCCACCGGCUCUACAUGAACCUGCAGCCCGUCCUGCGCCAGGUCCGGCGCCUGGAGGAGAACGAGGAGAAGAAGCAGUACCGGGAAUCCUACAUCAGCGACACCCUGGACCUGGACAUGGAGCAGCUGGAGAAGCGCUCGCGCGCCAGCGGCAGCAGCGCCGGCAGCAUCCGGCACAAGCGGCUCUCCCGGCAUUCCACCGCCAGCCACAGCAGCUCCCACACCUCCGGCAUCGAGGCCGACCCCAAACCCAGGGAGAUGGGGCCCGACGACGGCUUCUCCGGCGCCGGCGCCCACCGCAAGCUGAAGACCUGCAGCUCCAUGACCAGCCAUGGCAGCUCCCACACCUCCGGCGUGGAGAGCGGCGGGAAGGACCGGCUGGAGGAGGACUCCCAGGAUGAUGAAAUCGAGAUGCUGGUGGAUGACCCCCGGGAGCUGGAGCAGGCUGGAGACAUGGAGGUGAGCCCCGACAUGUGCGUCUACAUCACGGAGGACAUGCUGCUGUCCCGCAAGUUCAACGGGCACUCGGGGCUUAUCGUGAAGGAGAUCAGCUCCUCCACCUCCAGCUCCUCGGAGACGGUGGUGAAGCUGCGGGGGCAGAGCACCGACUCCCUGCCCCAGACGUCGUGCAGGAAAUCGAAGACGUCGACGGACCGGCACAGCCUGAGCCUGGACGACAUCCGGCUCUACCAGAAGGACUUCCUCCAGCUGGCCAACCUGUGCCAGGACACGGCGCAGAGCUACACCUUCGGCUGCGCCCACGGGCUGGACGAGGACGGGCUCUACUGCAACGGCUGCCUGGCCCAGCAGUGCAUCAACAUCCAGGAGACCUUCCCCGUCAAAAGAACCAGCAAAUACUUCUCCUUGGACCUCACCCACGACGAAGUCCCCGAGUUCGUCGUCUGAGCGCCUCGGAGGGAGGGGGCAGGACCGGCUGCCCGCCCUCGGGGGUGAGGGAGGAUGGGGCUCCCUGCCCUGCACAGGGGGGGUGUCCACAGCGCCUUCCCCCCACCCCGCUCUGCUCCCCGUUCCCGUGGGAACCGCGGCACCGGGAGGAUUGUCCCGAUGGGGAUCCCCGGGCACGGCGGAUCGACUCCGGAUGAGUUUGUGCCAAACACAAGUUGUCUUAUUUCGACUGGGAGAAGCACAACUCGCCUGACCAGCAGAAGCCCACCCGUGUUUUCUCGUUGUGGCCUCUUCCCCUCCUUGCCCUCCCCGUCCGGCGGCGGCUCCGCCACGUUGGCAGCUGGAGAGAAAGUGCCAGACUGUUGAGUUCAAGUCAAGCCAAAGAAAUGUAAAUAACCCUAAAGGCCAGUAUGGGAAGGGAGAAUUAAGCAAUAAUGAUGUUCCGUGGAGGAAGGCACGGCUGGGGCAGAGCAUCAUCCCGGUUCUUCCAAAAACACGUGCUGGGGGUCAGGCCAGAGCGGUUCCCAGCGAGGUGGAUGGUGGCUGGGAGUUGGCAGAGCCAUUUGCAACUUGUUUUAAUCUUUUUCUUUAAUUUCUUCCUUUUUUUUUUGGAGAGCAAAACUCCAAAACCAAAAAA